AUGCCGCGACUGCCUCGGCGGACAAUAUCCUACACGCGAACUCUUCGGGCAGAAGAAGAUGGCAGCAAGACGAGUCCUGGCGCCAAUAAAACGACCAUCGAAGCCAGCAAGACGACUCCUGAAGACUCGAAGCUAGACACCACCCCGGGGAGUAGCUCCUCUGUCUUCUCUGCGAUGAAAAACGCGUUCUUCAAUAACGGCAAGCCGGUUAAAAAGCCAAAAAGGCCCAUGAAACAAGCAGAAUUCCAACGCCAAGGUUCGUUGACCUCGGAUUCUAUUUUUUCCGAUGCCGCUUCGCCUUUGGGGGGCAAUGCUAGUGGUCCUUUGCCAGAAGAUGUCGAAGAAGAGGGUACCCUACCGCUCGAACAACGAGAAAAACACACAAUGAGCAUGACUCUCGACCCUAAGCCAAGAUCUCGAAAGAGAUGGGAACGAAAAAUGAUCAUCAGAGAAGUUCGGAAACGCGGGCGUGUGACAAAGAAAGAGACGAUCAUGGCGACAGAGCGUGAUGCUCUAGUCAAGUCUCAUUGGUUCAAGACGUCGGUGAAGAAGUUGGUCCCGUUGGCGCGACAAAUUCAAGGAAAGAGCAUCGACGAUGCUAUUUUGCAGAUGCAGUUCAGCAAGAAGAAGGCUGCCAAAGACGUGAAGGAGCAUUUGGAACACGCCAAGAACAUAGCUAUUGCGCGCUACGGUAUGGGCCUUGAAAAGCCCGACGACAAGGAGUCCAAAAUCCAACCGGUUAACAUCAUCCUCAAAAGCGGAGACACGAAAACGAUCACUAAUCCCUCGGCGAUCUAUAUCGCCGACUCAUGGGUGAAUCGCGGCCCCUUCCAUAGAGAAUACGACCAUCGAGCACGCGGCAGAAUCAACAUCAUGCGCCCUCCUCACACCGGAAUAUCUGUCGUUUUGAAGGAAGAGAGGACUCAAAUUCGUGAAUGGAAAGAUCGGGAGGCUAGGGCUCUGCGUCAACGCAAGUCGAUGCUCUGGGUGCAAUUGCCCAAUCGUCCUGUUUCGUCGCAAAACCAGUACUAUAGCUGGUAA